GCGACGGCUGGGCACCACCCACCCCGUGUGUGCGACAUGGCGCAAAUGAGGAAACCGAGCGAAGGAAACAAUUAUUUCAUAAAUCCACUUUAUUGCCCAUAAAACUCAAUUGUGUAAGCAAGGUGACGUCAUCCUGUUCCACUUUUUUGCGACAACCUCGCCUCAGCUGCGACUUGUCCCGAGCGAAUGUGAAUGUGAAAGUGAAAGUCUGUCACCACUUGUCUUGUUUUUUGUGCAUGUGUGUGGUGUGGUUACUUCAGUAGAGUUGCCAGGCGGAAGAUGGACAAGUCCACAGCCGGUAUUGGUGACCUGGAGAAGGAAGUGAUGGACAUGUUGGGCCGGAUGUUGGACAACAACACCUGCGGCUGGAGACAGCUGGCGGCUGCUGCGUCUGAGCAGCCCAAACUCCUCUGCAGUGAGAUGGAUGUGACCAGCUGCUCCCUCCAGGUGUUGAGCGCCACAGGAAGUCCAGGACGCAGCCUUUUGGCCCUGCUGGCUGAUCGCUCCUGCUCUCAGCUCUUCCUGCUCCAGUGCCUGAAGAAGAUAGGCCACCAGGGGGCACUGCAGCUGCUCACUGCCACAGAGAGGCAGCAGAUCCGUGUGACGGUCCAGCCCAACUCCCUGCAGGCAGCAGCGGGCAGCACGGUGGUGUUGACCUGCCGGGCCUCUGGACCGCCUGCUCUCACUUACCAGUGGUUCAAAGGCAAAGAGGAGGUUUUGGAAGCGACUGGAAGCACACCUGAGCUGGUCCUGUGCCCUCUGGGCCCCCAGCACCAGGGUUCUUACAUCUGUCGGGUCAACCAUGGGGACACCUGCUGCUUCUCCCAGUGGGCUCGGGUGCGUUUGGUUUACUCGCCCGUUGGCACUGGUCCAGGCACCUUGUUUUCAGGUUCAGCCAGUGGGCUGCGCGUCAUCUACCAGCCUCAGUGCCAGACGCUUUCAGAGGGGGACACGCUGCUUCUGGAGUGCAACGCCGUGGCCAACCCCCCACCCCAGUACCAGUGGUACCACAACUCAGCGCCCAUGCCAAACAAGACGCGGCUUCUCAAAAUUGCGAGUGUGACCACGGCACACAGAGGGCAGUACAGGUGCAAGGUGUUCAACUUGUAUCAUGAGGUGUGGAGUGACCUGGCAACUGUCAGUGUAGGCCCAACUUCCAUCACGGAUCUCUCCUGGGUAGAAGUUGAUCGCGGCUCAGAAUCUAAUGAAUUGGAAAGGUCAGUCAGCAGUGCCGGAAGUCAUCCACCGCAACCACAAAGCAAGAAUUUCUAUGCAACAGACAAGGUGGCUCUUCUGAUCGGCAACCUGAACUACCGCCACCUCAAUGAGCUCUGCGCUCCCAUGGCCGAUGUCCACGAGUUAAGCAACCUGCUCAGGCAAAUGGACUUUAAAGUGGUCUCACUGCUGGACCUCAACUUGCAGGAGAUGCACAGCGCCGUCACCGAGUUCCUUCUGCUCCUCGGCAAAGGAGUUUACGGCUUGCUCUACUUUGCCGGUCACGGUUAUGAGAACUACGGCAACAGUUUCAUGGUUCCCAUUGAUGCACCGGCCUCGUACACAUCACAGCACUGCUUGUGCGUGCAAAAUAUUCUUACCAGGAUGCAGGAGAAAGAGACCGGACUCAAUGUCUUCCUGCUGGACAUGUGCCGCAAAAGAAAUCCAAACGAUGGCGUCGCCGUCCAGUCCGGGCUGGUGAAGGUGACGGCAAACAUAGUGUUUGGCUACGCCACAUGCGUCGACGCGGAGGCUUACGAGGUGAAGAGGGAAGACGUGUCCAACGGUAUCUUCAUAAGCUUCCUCAAGCGCCGCGUUUGCGAAGACGAGAAGGUCACGGUCAUGCUGGACAGGGUGGCGGAAGACAUGGGUCGUUUUGAAAUCACCCGAGGGAGGCAGGCUCUGGAGCUCCGCAGCAAUCUCUCUGAGCGACGUUCCCUCACCGAUAAGAUUCAGACUUUGGAAUGUUCUGCAGCCUAUUCGGCUCGGAACCUACAGUGGGCCGUCGCUCAUGCCCUCCCGAAGAGCCGCUUCAUCCACUUUGACUGCGGUGUGAAGGUCCAGCUUGGAUUUGCUGCGGAGUUCUCCAACGUUAUGGUGAUCUACACGCGCAUACUGGACAAGCCCAAAGAAAUUGGUUCAUGCUCCGCUCAGCUGACCGACUUCCCUGAGGAUGUAGAUAUAGACCUGAAGAAGAGCAAUCAGGAAACCCUGCUUGAAGCCGGCAGCUUGUUAAUGAUCAAAGAACAUGUCUCUUCACCUCACUUCCCCACUCUCUACACUCACAUUCAAAGUCUGCAGAGACUUAAGAAGGAGCUCACGUUUUCCCUAUGUCUCCAUUACGUUUACUCCGACAUGGAGGAGGAAGUAACGGAAAAGCGGGCAGUUACAGUCGGCAAACCGCUGGUCUCCAAACUCAACCUCUAUGAACCACGACCAGCGGCGUCCGUAAGCUUGGACUCCGGCAGUGUCUCGGAGCUCUCGUCUUUGUCCGAGGACUUUGCCUCCAAUACGUGGUCGUUAUUCACACCCGCUAACGCUGACAAAUUUAAGGACAACAACAAUGUCCAUUCCUACUAAGCAUUAAAAUGUCCCAUAUAAUAGUUUUCCAACAAUUUUAAGUACAUUUUUCAAAAUCCAGCAUUGAUACUGGAAUUCAUAGUGCUUGUAUUAAGCCCUACUAGCGUGUCGGUAGCUGUAAUGCUAAUGAGCUGUUUGUCUUAAAGACAUGCUAUUGUGUACUUUCUCCACUUGGCUAAAGGAAUAUUUUCUGCCUUAAAAGCAAAGUGAAAUGAGUAAAAACAAAGUGUGUUUAUAUCUUUGCAAAUACAGACAUAUGAAGUUAUUUGGUUUUGAUGGUGAGAAGAGGUGUCAAGGAAUGAGGUAACGCAAGAGUGGGCAAAUGUUUGAAUGUGUCCACUUUCGGUUUUACUUGACAUCGCCCAAACAACUCCACCAGGCAGCGGCAGCAAGUUGUAGAAAAGCAUGUGAGCCGAGUUACAAUUGAUAGACUAUAAAGGCAAUGGUCUUGUCUUAAAGGGGAACAUUAUCACAAUUUCAAAAGGGUUGAAAACAAUAAAAAUCAGUUCCCAGUGGCUUGUUGUAUUUUUUGAAGUUUUUUUCAAAAUAAAUAUCCCUAAAUAAAGCUUUAAAGUGCCUUAUUUUCGACUCUCUGCGAAGACACUGGCCAUUUCCCUGUGACGUCAUACAGUGCUGCCAAUGUAAACAAACAAUGGGAAUACCACAGCAAGAUAUAGUGACAUUAGCUCGGAUUCAAACUCGGAUUUCAGCGACUUAAGCGAUUCAACAGAUUACGCAUGUAUUGAAACAGAUGGUUGGAGUAUGAAAAUAUUGAAGAAGAAACUGAAGCUAUUGAGCGAAUAGCUAUUGACGCUAUUCAUAGCCAUAGCAUGGCCGAAUAGCUGCGUUAGCUUCGCCGGUAAAAUGUGCGGACCAAACGAUCAGGACUUUCGCAUCUUUUGACACUGGAGCAACUUAAAUCCGUCGAUUGGUAAGUGUUUUUUUCGCAUUAAAAGUGGGUGGAAGGAAACGUAAUAUAGUUGUAAAUGCAUCUGCAGGUUAUCCAUACAUCUCUGUUCCAUGUCUGCUUUAGCACCGCCGGUAAAUAGCAUGUUAGGAUCGAUUAGCGUAGCAUGUUAGCAUCGAUUAGCUGGCUGUCAACAUCAACAAAACUCACCUUUGUGAUUUCGUUGACUAUCGUUGCAAAUGCAACUGCAGGUUAUCCAUACAUCUCUGUACCAUGUCUGCCUUAGCAUCGCCGGUAAAAUGUGGAGACACUCUGGCACAUUCAAUGGGGGUCUGGCGGCAGACACUUUGGCAUCUUCGGGCCAGUGGUGCAACUUGAAUCCCUCCCUGUUAGUGUUGUUACACCCUCCGACAACACACCGUCGAGGCAUGAUGUCUCCAAGGUUCCAAAAAAUAGUCAAAAAACGGAAAAUAACAGAGCUGAGACCCGGUGUUUGUAAUGUGUUGAAAAUGAAAAUGGCGGCUGUGUUACCUCGGCGACGUCACAUUCUGACGUCAUCGCCUCCAGCCCGAUAAACAGAAAGGCGUUUAAUUCGCCAAAAUUCACCCAUUUAGAGUUCGGAAAUUGGUUAAAAAAAUAGAUGGUCUUUUUUCUGCACCAUCAAGGUAUAUAUUGACGCUUACAUAGGUCUGGUGAUAAUGUUCCCCUUUAACAACCGACACUGGUAUUGCUACUGUUUGUACUUUCUCCAUUUGUAGAAUAAAUUGUUCAUCUUCAA